AUGGUGCUCGCGGCCCCGCUGCUGCUGGGCUUCCUGCUCCUCGCCCUGGAGCUGCGGCCCCGGGGGGAGGCGGCCGAGGGACCCGCGGUGGCGGCGGCGGAGGCGGCGGCGGCGGGGGUCGGGGGGGAGCGCUCGAGCCGGCCGGCCGCGUCCGCGGCGCCCGAGCCCGACGGCUGCCCGGUGUGCGUGUGGCGGCAGCACAGCCGCGAGCUGCGCCUGGAGAGCAUCAAGUCGCAGAUCCUGAGCAAACUGAGGCUCAAGGAGGCGCCCAACAUCAGCCGCGAGGUGGUGAAGCAGCUGCUGCCCAAGGCGCCGCCGCUGCAGCAGAUUCUGGACCUGCACGACUUCCAGGGGGACGCGCUGCAGCCCGAGGACUUCCUGGAGGAGGACGAGUACCACGCCACCACGGAGACUGUCAUCAGCAUGGCCCAGGAGACGGACCCUGCGGUGCAGACAGAUGGCAGCCCUCUCUGCUGUCAUUUCCACUUCAGCCCCAAGGUGAUGUUCACGAAGGUACUAAAGGCCCAGCUGUGGGUGUACCUACGGCCCGUGCCCCGCCCAGCCACAGUCUACCUGCAGAUCUUGCGGCUGAAACCCCUAACUGGGGAAGGGACUCCUGGGGGAGGGGGGGGAGGCCGACGUCACAUCCGUAUCCGAUCACUCAAGAUUGAGCUGCACUCCCGCUCCGGCCACUGGCAGAGCAUCGACUUCAAGCAAGUGCUACACAGCUGGUUUCGCCAGCCACAGAGCAACUGGGGCAUCGAGAUCAACGCCUUUGAUCCCAGUGGCACAGACCUGGCUGUCACCUCUCUGGGGCCAGGAGCUGAGGGGCUGCAUCCUUUCAUGGAGCUUCGAGUCCUAGAGAACACAAAGCGGUCCCGGCGGAACCUGGGCCUGGACUGCGAUGAGCACUCGAGUGAGUCCCGCUGCUGCCGAUAUCCCCUCACAGUGGACUUUGAGGCUUUCGGCUGGGACUGGAUCAUCGCACCUAAACGCUACAAGGCCAACUACUGCUCGGGCCAGUGCGAGUACAUGUUCAUGCAAAAGUAUCCGCACACCCACCUGGUGCAACAGGCUAAUCCAAGAGGUUCUGCUGGGCCCUGCUGUACUCCCACCAAGAUGUCCCCAAUCAACAUGCUCUACUUCAAUGACAAGCAGCAGAUUAUCUACGGCAAGAUCCCUGGCAUGGUGGUGGAUCGCUGUGGCUGCUCCUAAGGUGGGGGACAGAGGAUGCCUCCUCCACAGGCCCUACCCCUAGAUCCCAGCCCUGACCCCCUUCCCCCACAGGCCCUAGAUCUCCCUCCACCUCUUCUCAUGAGCAUCACAUCUUGUUCCCUGCCCAAGCAGUGUGCAAUACAAUAGAGGGAGGCAGGUGGGGA